UAGGGCUGUGUCAUCUCGAUGACGUGGAGGAACUCAAGUCAGCCUUAACUUUAAACCUCUCCGGCUCAUACACAUGAAUUAUACCCAAACACAAUCAAGGUUUUUAAAUCAACUAGCUUAAAUGGGCGUCUGAAGUGCAGGACUGACGUCUGUUUCGCGUUCCGGACAGCUGAUCGCGCUUGCAACACUGGAUCAGGAAAAAUGCAUCUUGGCUUGUCGUUUUCUGACAGUGAUGUCUCUUCGUUCACCCCUCUGGUGGUCCUGGAGCUUGCUUAUGACACUAAAGCAGAGGCCAUCACUUGGUUACUAAACAGGAUCAGAGACAAGCAGCAAAAUGGAGGAGCAGAGUUGUUGGUGGAUCAAGUACUGUUUCCAGCUCAGGAUGGUCAGAAGUCUAAUCCAAAUGUCUUUGUGGUGGGUUCCACGUUACAGAGGCUCUUAAAUGGAGCUGAGGAUGUUGGGUUGUUUAAGGAGUUUCAAGAUGGCACAAUGAGAGCAUUCACUUAUGCCAACAGAGAAAGCUUUAAAGUCUUUGAGGGAGAUGGUCAAACAUUUCUCAGUGAGGCGGAGUGUCAAUACAUUAUCAAACAUGAGUUGGACACACUUAGAGCUAAGACUGAAGAGCAUGUUCCAGGAUACCCUAAGCUUAAGCUCUACCCUGGAAAAUCAGUUGUGCGGAGAUUGCAAUCCAAAGGUGUCCUAUACCAGUAUUUCCCGCUCCAUAACAAAGAAGACCUUAAGAGACUCUCCUUCUCAUGGUACAAAAAGAUCAAACUGUCCUUCCAGCCACUGGAUGACAUCAGAUGUUACUUUGGUGAGGGUCUGGCGCUCUACUUUGGAUUUCUGGAGUAUUUCACGUUUGCCUUGGUACCCAUGGCCCUCAUUGGUAUCCCUUACUACUUCUUUGACUGGGAGGACUAUGACAAGUACGUUCUGUUUGCUGUCUUCAACCUGGUUUGGUCUACAGUUUUCCUGGAAGUGUGGAAGAGAUGCAGCGCUACGUUAGCGUACGGGUGGGGAACGCUAAGCCGCAAAAAAGCAUUUGAAGAACCGAGGCCUGGAUUCCAUGGAGCUCUGGGGUUUAAUCCAGUCACGGGGCGAGAGGAACCAGUCUACCCUAGCUCCAAGCGGCAAUUGAGGAUAUAUUUGGUAUCCGUUCCUUUCGUUCUGCUGUGCCUGUAUCUGUCCUUUUACGUGAUGAUGGUUUACUUUGACAUGGAGAACUGGGCCAUAAAUAUAUACCAUGAAAAUCCAAACUUUGCGACCAGCAUUCUGAUGUUUGUUCCCAGUAUCAUCUAUGCUGUGGUCAUUGAGAUCAUGAACUUACUGUAUCGCUAUGCUGCUGAGUUUCUCACAGACUGGGAAAACCACAGAUUGGAGUCAUCAUAUCAAAACCACCUCGUGCUCAAGGUUUUGGUGUUUAACUUCGUAAACUGCUUUGCCUCUCUCUUCUAUAUUGCCUUUGUCAUGCAAGAUAUGGUGCUUCUGAGACAGAGUUUGGCCACCCUGCUCAUAACCUCACAAAUACUGAAUCAAGUGAUGGAGGCCUUCCUGCCAUACUGGCUGCAGAGGAGGAGGAACAAGAAGGCACAUAAGAGGAUGAGGAGGCUGAUGGGUGAUAAAGAGCUCCCCCUGCUGGAACAAGUUCAGCUGGAAACUGAAAUGAACACCUAUCUGGGCACAUUUGAUGACUACCUUGAGCAGUUCCUGUUGUUUGGCUAUGUGAGCCUGUUCUCCUGUGUGUAUCCGCUGGCUGCUGUGCUGGUGGUGCUGAACAACAUCACUGAGGUUUACUCUGACGCCUUCAAGAUGUGCCAUGUUUUCAAGCGUCCCUUCUCAGAACCAGCCGCGAACAUCGGGGUGUGGCAGUUGGCAUUCGAGACAAUGAGUGUUAUCGCCGUGGUGACCAACUGUGCCUUGAUUGGUUUGUCCCCACAAGUGCAUGCAUACUUCCCCGAAUCAGAGACUCAGCUGAUCCUCGUUGUGGUGGCAAUAGAGCAUAUUCUCCUGGGCUUCAAGUUCAUCCUGGCAUUCGUCAUUCCAGAUGUUCCUAAACACAUCCAAGUCAAACUAGACAAGCUGGAGUUUGACUCCCUAGAAGCUCUUAAGAAAAGGAAAAUACUGGAAGUUGCGGAGACCGGAGAUACAUGGAAUAAGUGACGUGUAACAGCAACACAACAAAAGUACUCAAGGUGUACACAUGCUGUAAACUAUCUAGUAUUAUAUAUUUCAAUGACUUUAAAUAUGCACUCCUUGCCAUGCUAUUUAUAAAAUGGUUUAUUGAAUAUGACAGGGUUUUUAUUAUAUUUUCCAGGCAUUGCAGUUGCACACAUUGUUUUAUGAUUUCUCUGGUUACUAACAUGACUGGUGAAAAUGGGAAUCCAAUCACUGCAUGUAUGAUAUGGUCAAAUUACCAGGUUGAUUAGUUUAGUUGGUCAUUUUUAUUUCUGUUUUAAUGUCUGAAUCUGUAAAAAAAAAAAAAAUGUGUAUUGUAAAGAGGUGGUUAGAAGAACCUUGGGCCUACAAAUCCCAAACAAAAAGACAUACUGUAAUUUUCUGAGGAAUUGAAAUUCACUGGUUUUAUUGAGUCCGAGUUCUACCAAAGAUAGAGCAGUGCCUUUAAACAUCACUGUAUCACGUUUACCUGUUAUGGCUUUUGUUUACAGAGUCAGGCCACGUCACCCUGUGCUGUACUUGAAUUAACCAUAUUCAAUAUUCUCUGCCUGAAAAUAAACAUUUUAAAUAUUGA